GAGGGCGGGGUGUGUGAGGGAGUGUGUAUCGGGGGAGGGGGAGUCCCGCGAGGCACCCCGGGGCCGGAGGCAUGGAGGAGAGCAUGGAGGAGGAGGAGGGCGGCGGCGGCGGCGGCUACGAGGCGAUGAUGGACGACCAGAACCACAACAACUGGGAGGCCGCCAUGGACGGUUACCGGCAGCAACCGCCGCCCCAACCGCCGCCCCCCUCCUCUUCCUCCUCGCCUCGGGAGCCGCCGGGAGUGCAGCUGCUGGCCGUGGCGGCGGCGGCCACCGAGAGGAAGGGCCCUAAGGAAGGGCUGAGUCCGCCGCCUGAGGCCAACGGGGUGACGAUGAUGAUGAUGAAGAGCUGCGACGCGGCCGUAGCCAAGGUGGCCACCGCGCCCACCCCUAGCGCCACCAUCAACAUCAAUACCUCCACCUCCAAGUUCUUAAUGAAUGUUAUAACUAUUGAAGAUUAUAAGAGCACAUACUGGCCAAAAUUGGAUGGUGCCAUAGAUCAGCUUUUAACUCAAAGUCCUGGUGACUAUAUCCCUAUAUCAUAUGAACAGAUAUACAGCUGUGUGUAUAAAUGUGUAUGCCAGCAGCACUCCGAACAGAUGUAUAGUGAUCUGAUUAAAAAGAUAACUAACCACUUAGAGAGAGUCUCAAAGGAGCUGCAGGCCAGCCCUCCAGAACUCUAUAUUGAAAGAUUUAACUUAGCACUUGGACAAUAUAUGGGAGCAUUGCAGAGCAUUGUGCCUCUUUUCAUAUAUAUGAAUAAAUUUUACAUAGAAACCAAGCUUAACAGAGACUUAAAAGAUGAUCUUAUAAAGCUAUUUACGGAACAUGUUGCAGAAAAGCACAUUUACAGCCUAAUGCCUUUACUUUUAGAAGCCCAGUCAACACCAUUUCAAAUAACACCUUCAACUAUGGCAAAUAUUGUGAAAGGCCUGUAUACACUUAGACCAGAGUGGGUUCAGAUGGCACCAGCUUUAUUUUCUAAGUUCAUCCCAAACAUCCUCCCACCUGCAGUGGAAUCAGAGCUUCAGCAAUAUGCAGCUCAAGAUCAGAAACUCCAGAGAGACCUUCUACAAAAUGGAUUUGCAAGAGGUGAUCAGUCACGUAAGAGAGCUGGAGAAGAAUUAGCUUAUAGUGUCCACAUAAGGACCAACUUUUCAUGAAGUUCAGACUGACUCUCCUGCAGAUGGCUCAUCAGCAUGUGCCAGUUCCAGAGGGUACAGACAGUGAAUGUGUCCUGGAUGUGCUUUCCUUCCUAAAAGGAGACCCUGGAGGAGCUGGGAUUGUCCCCAGAGCCCCAGCGUGGGCCCUGCUAAGACUCAGGAGUUCUGUCGCCAAGGUAGACUUGGAAGAGGAGGUUGGACUUCAUACUUGGCUUUCUAAUUUUUCUUAAAAAGUCAGUUGCUGCUAGACAUGGAGAUAAUUUUGAGAGGUGACAAUCUUUCAACAAAUUUUAUUCACACCUCUUCUGUGAGGAACAGGUAUCUUGAGAAGCAUUACUCGGUGAAAAUCAACAGCCCAAAUCAGCAGCUUCCUGCAAAAGACCAGAAGAAUCUUUUUUUUUUUUUGCACUUAUUUUUUGUUCAUCUGUGGACUGUUAAUUGCGUUGGUAUACAUCAGUUUCAUGUCAAGAUAUCUUUUACUUUUUAAAAAAAAUCAUUACAAUACAGUAUUUUUUGUCCAUAACCAAAACAAUUCCCCUUUUAAAGAGUUGGUCCUUUGUUUAGCAUUAGAAAGUGUGUUAAAAGAGAUUACUAACUCUGCUUCGUCAUAAAUAUUCUGAAUUCUCAUCGGUUCACUUCUUUCCACUCUGUGCCUUGAGCUUUGUGCACUUUGCAACAACUUAUUUCAAAUUCAAAAUGCUUCCUGAUGAUACUAGUGGUGUCAUAUACAAAUCCAGGAAGGCACUGACUGCUGCUCAGCUGGCAGAGUGCUAAUUGAAGGGGGGAAAUUGUUAAUUUGUAGCAAAUUGGUCAGAUACUCCAUCUGCUUUAAUAUGUGUAUGUUCAUAUUAGUGUUCGGGACCAACUCUUGGAGAAAUUUCCAUUCCCUUUAUCACUUAACCAUGAAUGUCAGCUGCUGCAGUGAUGGCAGUAAGUUAAUUUUUGAACCUCAGAACUAACGCCACUCCUGUGUUUCUACAGUUGUCAGAACAACUAGCACCUUUUGAAGUUCUGAGUUAGAUUUUGAAUCCAAAUAGAAUCAGCGUUGUAGGGUUCCUGAUCUAUUUCUUUUUAAAUAGGCAAGAAAUGUACUUGACAAAACAAAGCAGUUUGAUGCUAGCUUUUGGUAGCCAUAUCAUCCUCCCAGCGCUCAUUGGCAUGGCAGAGGUGGGGUUAGAGGCAGGUUAGACCUACUCUGCUGUCAUGAGGACUUUUCCCAACAGAAAGAAGCAAGGGAGCAUUUUCUCUUCUCUACCCACAAUACUUUCUCCUGGCCAAAUACUUUUAAGUUUAUUCCUGUUUGAAAGGAGGAGAAAAUUGCAAGAUGUGGCAGGGGAAAAUAUCUUUUCUUUCCUUAAGUCCAAAUAGACUAUAUUGCUUUGUGUUAUAGACUUCAGUUUUAUGUGGCUAUGUCAGAAUAACGUUUGCCUCCUCAAAAACUGCAGAGGUGGCAAAGAGGCCUUUAAAGGGACCCUUUGAGUUGGUCCACUUACUCCGGUUUUGAAGCCUUAUCUCAUGAAGCCUCUGUAAAUUCCAGCUGGCUCUUUUUGGGAGGGAGUUAGGCAGUAAGACAUAGGGAGCAAUUCAUUCUUUCAAAGGAAGCCUCCACUUUGGGAAAACUUGUUUCGUUAGGAAAGCAACAAUUGAAGAUGUCAUUGAGUUUUCCAGUUAAUUAGGAUCAUUGGUUAAGGAGAACCUUCCGAUCUUAGGGAGCACUUUGAGUAGGGUCCAUUUAACCACCCAAGGAUCCAAGGUUGUGGUAAUAAAUAUUGAAUUAUUGUAAAAAAAAAAAGAUAUAUA